AUGGAGUGUCUCAGUCUAUUUUGUGCUACUACAAUAGAAUACCACAGAUUUAGUCAACCUACUCCCCAUGUGGGCAAUGCGGCCUUGCAUGGUGCCGCCAACCAGCUCCCAGACACAUGCAAUGAUGUCCCAGAUAUUACACCCCCACCCACUGGGGGCAAUGUAACACCUGACAGCAUCCCCAACCCAUCCCUCACCGCUGGCAGUGUUGCACCCCACAGUGCCACCAACCCAUCCCAGACAAAGGCAUUGCAGCACCUGAUAGCUCCUCCAACUCACCCCCACCUAGGGCAGUACAUCCCCGGACAGUGCCCACAAAAUGCCCCACUGCUGCUGGCAGUACUGCUUGGGACAGGCCCUAUCGCAGCCCCCAGCAAUGGGCAACACACUCCAGGAAAGGGCUCCCAACCCUCUCCCCUACGCGGGCUGUGGCACCUCAAAUACCGCCCCCCCACCAGCCCUCGCAACACCAGCAGUGUCACCCUGGAUAGUGCCCACUGCCCAUGCUGUGCUGUAGUCUCCGUCAGUGCCACCAACCGCAACAGCGAGGCGGAGCCGACUGCAGACGCUAGCCUCCAGCAUGGGCGGUGGCCGGCUACUCCCACUUCUCCUCAAAGCCAGCUCGGAGCAGCUAUUCAAGCCAGGCUGAGCUGUGGCCCCUUUAAGAGGGUGUGGUGCUUCAGCCUUGAGGCGAGUGCCUGUCAGUGUGCGUGCCCCUACGGAAGCCCGCCCACCCGGCAAGAGAGAAGUCAGCGAAGGCAACGGCGGCCCGGGUCCGCCCGGCCCAGCCCGGCCAGAGAGAAGUCAGUGGGGACGAAGGCGGCCCCGGUCCGGCCAGAGGGAAGUCAGUGGAGGCGGCAGUGGCGGCACGGUCAGAGCGAGUUUCUUUGGAGAAGCCGUGGUGGCUUCCACAUGAUGGUGGAGGACGAGACAGGUCUCUCUGGCUUUUCUGGCUUUGCCCGCCCAGCUGCUCCCGUUCUAGGCUUUUCUGGCUUUGCCCACCCAGCUGCUCCAUGCCACGAGAAGGAAGAGCUGUCUGCUGCAUGCUGGAGGCUGGAGCCUGUGGCACCACGGCUCGCCUUGCUGCAGUGGGUGGCAGCGACAGAGACUGCAGAGUGCUGGAGAGAAGCCCGCCCGGCCUGGCGGAGAGAAGUCAGCAGAGGUGGCAGCGGUGGCCCUGGCUCGGCCCAGCCACAGGGAAGUCAGCGUAGACAGCGGCAGCGCAGUCAGAGCUUUUCUGGCUUUGCCCACCCAGCUGCUCCAUGCCACGAGAAGGAAGAGCUGUCUGCUGCAUGCUGGAGGCUGGAGCCUGUGGCACCGCGGCUCGCCUCGCUGCAGUGGGUGGCAGUGACAGACUGCAGAGUGCCGGAGAGGUAUGCAGAUGAACUUUUUCAUGUGGACCCAACCCAGCCCUUCCUGGGAGCAGGUGCCAGGUCUGAGGUUGCAUCAGUUUGCUCAGGCUGCCUAGCAAAGCUUCUCAAACUAGGAGGCUUCAACAGGAGGAAUUCACUGUCUCAGUCUGGAGGCUGGAAGUCCAAGUCAAGGUCAUACUGAGUAAGAACAGAGAGGACACUUCUGCCAGGCCAUCAGCUGAGACCUAGUCCAAGUCAGUGAGCUGUACGUGGGAAAGGGCCACCAUGCAAGAGCUCGGCAGGAGCUGGAGGCCCGACAAGGCUGGGGGGGUCUUCCUCUGUCACCCAGACUGGAGUGGAGUGACUCAAUUAUGACUCACUGAAGGCUUGACCUCCUAGGCUCCAGUGAUCCUCAAGCCUGCACCUCCUGAGUAGCUGGGACUACAGGCAGGCGAAGCCCAGGCACUGCUCCCAGUUUUGGCCUAGACUUGGAGAGUGUGGAAAACCCAGGCGAAGCCCAGGCACUGCUCCCAGUUUUGGCCUAGACUUGGAGAGUGUGAAAAACCAGACAGAUUUGAACACAGAGAGACACUGGCAGAGCAUCGUGUAUAGACAGGAGUUAAGCUGCCACCGGCCAAGGAACUGCCAGAAGCUUGCAGAGAAAAGGAAGGCUGUUCUCCGGGAGUUUUUGGAGGGACUGCAGCCCUGCCGACACCCUGAUCUCAGACUUCUGGCCUGAACCGUAAGACAAUAAAUUUCUGUUGUUCCCAGGCACCCAGUCUGUGGUACUAUGAUACACAGCUCUAGGAAACACACUUCCUAAAUGGCCAUGUGUUUUGCAUUUGGCUCCUGAAGGCCUGGGUCACAGUGAGGUGGCUUAGGGAGCUACAGGCAGCCUGAUGUUUUCCAUCCCCACCCAGCUAUUGGAGGGCUGCCUUAGACCUCCCUCCCAGCCCUGUCCAUGCACCUAUAGGCAGUGACCCUCUGCCCAGUGGUACAUUGUGGGCAAACCCAGAGUGGGGGCCACACAGGCCUGAGAGGUGGGUUAGGGGCCAAUUGGCAAGGAAUUCUGGGGUCCCAGAGUGUGGUCUGGAGUGGACACUGAUGAUGGUCCUGCCCAUCCUGACAUGGCAGAAGGAACACACAUGCUUGAUUUUGAAUAAAGGAGACUGAAGAAAGCCAUCAUGUGUGACCCAUAAGUCCAAGUGGGAACAAGGUAUCAGGGGUGAAGCCAACCCUGAUGGGGAAGCGGGGAGGGCCCCUGAUGCCUCACACUGAACCUCGGCUUUGGAGGGCUCAGAAAAGAGAGGUGGGGAGGGGCUGCCCUACUGGAACCCCACUUCAUGGUGCACCUGAACAUCCACACUCUUCAGGGUUACUCACCAGGCCCUCUGGAGCCAGCCCAGCAAUCUGGGUCACCCUCCGCACUUCUGGAGGCAUACCUCAGCCAGCUGCUCUGGGCUUCUGCUGUCAGACAUUGCCAAGCCAGGGCCUUUGCACCUGCUAUUCCCUCUGCCAGGAAUGCGUUUGCCGGUUCCACAGGGAUGGGCACGGCUCAGGAGGCCUCCCUCAGGCAGCCCAAGAUCCAGGGUGUCUGAGGCCUGACCAAACCCUGCCCUUUGGUGGCUGCCUGGGCAGGGGGCUAAGCCUGGGAUGGGUGGGGUCAGAGGGAGAGAAAGAGCUGGAGCUGGGUAGGAAGGGGAAGCCAAAAGGGAGGCCACCACGUGUGUGUGGGCCCUGCAGGCAGACCCCAGGGCUUUGAAUCCUGUUUCUUCCACCCGGGGGCCCCUCAGUGAGAACAGAAGACAGCAAGGGCACCCACCUCACAGUGCCUCAGAAAGCCUGGUCCAGCGAGAGACA